GUCACCGAAUCAAGCGGCAUCACCGAUGCCACAGGACGAUGCUGGUUUGUCUUUGACUUCCACGGGAGCGAGAGCGAGGCAGGAGGCUCUGAACGCUGCGGACGCCGCUGCAACGGAGGCCGACACCAUCCGCAUCCAAGACAAGAUGGACAAGCUGAAGCCGGAACAACUUGAUAGUGUCACACGCUUGCCCCUCGGUCCUGAUCCUGGUGAAUUUUCUCGUUUCGCGUCUAGCUGCAAGGGUGUGGUCACAGAGAUCCUCAACAAAAGCGACGUCAAGCGCAAGCAGACUUUCAAUUCCUCCACCUGGGUCACCGGAUGGCUUCCGUUGUUGCGCAAACGUGUCCGUGCUGCUGUCGUUGAAGGCCAAACCACCAACCGUGCCACCAUGGAAUUUGUUGAUGCCACCUUCCUACAGGUAGAAAUCCAUCUGCGCAAGGAACCGGCAGGGCCCUCGACGUACGCCUUCUUCAUACAGAAAUUGGCGGCUGCCUGGGACACCCAAGACAAGAGCUCGGGGAUUGGUCGUCUUCGCAGUUUUGGCGUAUCCAACGGCGAGACUUACGGAGAAUACAUUCGUCGCUAUAAGGCUCUGGCCAUGACCGUCAUGGUUUCCCACCACGCGCUCAAGCCUUCGGAUGCGCAAGUGCAGAAAGCUGUUCGAGACUCCAUGUUGAAACAGUUUCUGGUAGUGUCUGGGCAGGUGUACAAGGAUGAGCAGCUCUCCAUGGAAGCCCCUUUUGGGCGACAUGCUUCGUGUCUGGAUGAUAUGUGGGAUGUGUUGGACAAGCGUGCGUUCGCGCACACGCCGGCGGUGCAUGGAGAUGAUUUCUUUUCGGUAUCUUCCACGAAUGCUAGGAGUUCGUCUGCUGUUUCGCGUGCUGUAGCUUCUUCGGCGUUGCGUUCGACGGUGACCCCUUCGUGGAGCCAAGGUUCUUCGGCCGCCGUGAUGAGUGUUGACCCUCUACCUAAUGAUGAUCGGGACCCUUUUCUGUUGCACUACAGCGACUGGCCGUUGCAAGGACACUUCCAAGAGGUGUACAACGUCGCUAGUGAUAUGGCUCCAACCAAGAAUGAUCCGCCAUUGUUUACCCCCUUGGUUUCGGCUGAAGAGCGCCGCAACGCGCUUCGACUGUACAAGGGCAAGUGCCUCAACUGCUUAGGAGAAGACCACUCCUUCAAAUCCUGUAAUCGUGGUUCCGUGAACGCCACCGGCUUGCUUUACAAUGACAUCAAGUUCGGAAUGACUUCUCCUAACGAACGGGUCUCUAAUAGCCGAAUGGCUUCUGCUAACAUUGACCCCGCUGGAGCCGCCGCCCUAAGGCUGCCCUCCGGAUCACGGCGCGUUGCGCCUUCGCCCGCUCCUGCCUCGCUUUCUGGGUCCUCCCCGUCGGAGAAGAGGACCCGUCCGCCUGGUCCACCCCCGCCUGUGCCUGGUGCCCGCUCUUUGCCCCUUCGCCCUGCACCGGCUCCGCCGUUUGAUGACAAGUGCGAGUACGCUUCGGAUGACGUCCUUCUUUUCUGGAAACCUCCGUCUGUGAUCUCGCAAUGGACUCCUUCGGCUUUUGACGUACUGGGAGUAUGUUAUUCAUGCGAUCUUAAGACACACAAGUUUUUGGGUCGAUAUGUGCGUCCUUUCGACUAUGCUGAAUGGGAGCGUCGUCGUGAAGAGAUCGUGCUUACGGGGUCGUACGCCAAAUUUGCUCAAAACCAUGACAUGAAGCAUAAUCUACUGGAGACGGGUACCCGCCUCCUUGCAGAAGCCAGCCCCUUCGAUCGUGUUGGGGGGGCGUUGGCCAAUCAGCGAACUGCGUGCCACAAAUGUUUUUCUCUCUUGCGGCCUCUCAACUCUCUUCUCAAACAAGGCGUGCCCAUCAAGUACACCCCGCGCAUGGUCAAGGUUGUCAAAACGUUGUUAAGCGAAAUCGCUCGCCCCCCGAUUUUGGUCUUCCCGGAAUUUGCAGCAAUCGAGGACAACAGCCGUCCUCUUCGUUUGUGUUCCGACGCAUGUAUCGACGGUUUUGGCGCCUCCUUGGAACAAGAACAGCUCGAUGGCUCGGUGAGACCCAUCGUGUACAUCAGCCGCGCUACUCUUCCUGCGGAGCGUAAACGGACCGUUUUGGAUCUGGAGGCUGGUGGCAUUGUUUGGGCCAUCAAACGCCUUCGCGGCUAUCUGUGGUCGACCAAGUUCAUCAUCCAUUCGGACCACAAAGCCUUGGAAAGCAUUGGCAAGGUUGGGGAACACAACGCUAGGGUGCAACGAUGGCUCGAAUUCCUGUUCAACUUCACCUACACCCUGAAAUAUCGGAAAGGUUCGGCAAACGGCAACGCGGAUAUUCUUUCGCGGUUGCCUUCACCAGCACAUGACACGGACAAAACCGGUCCCGACUGCAUUGAUGGUGUCGAUCAAGCGGGUGUCUUCCUCAUUUGGGCUUGCGGGCGCAACUAUCACUCGUCGUCUACACUGGAGGUCCCGCUCGACAAACAAGACCACCCAGACCGCCUCGCGUCUGCUGCCGCCAUCCGCAACGCCGGCAUCGGAGUUUUCGUCGACUGCUCUUGCGCCACCGGCCCCUUCGCCGUCAGCGGCGCGCCCUGCAUCCCCGAUUUCGCCUUCUCUACAGAUGAUGUGCUUGUGUUGGCGACGAAAACCAGACGGCACACGACCGAUGACAACAUCACCCUCCUCGUACAUAAGUCGGCGACGUCGCCGGUUGGGCGCUCUGGCGGCAGGACCACUCAUCUGCCGGAUACUGGCGUGCCCCGUGUCUACGUGCCAAUGCUGAUGCGUCCGUGGGUCCUUCAUGCAUGCCAUACCGCCGCGUCAUUCCAUCUCGGCGUCCAUCGUACACAGCGUCUGCUCGAGCGCUUCUACUGGUGGAUUGGUUUGGAUCGUUCCGUGCGCUGGUGGCUUCGGGCGUGUUUGGUGUGUCAAGCUCGCAAGACUUCACGUCAGACUGCUCGGUGGCCCGUCAUCGCUAUGCCAUUGCCGCAGGGGCCUGGUACGGUCGUCGGCGUCGACUUCUUCGGACCUCUGCCAGUGACUGCCAAGGGCAACUCCUACAUUUUGUUUUUCACAGACCGUUUCAGUCGGAGAGCCGACAUGUUCGCAGUUACAGCGGCGGAAUUUACGGCGAGAGGGACGGCUCACAUCUUCGUCAACCAAUACAUGACCAAGUGGGGAUGUCCUACUACGUUAUUGUUGGACAACGGACUGCAUUUCUGCUCGAAGCUCUCUAUGGCGAUCUACGAGGUGACGAAGAUCAAGAAGGUCACCACCAGCUCCUACCACCCACAGACCAACGGCGGCACGGAACGCGUCAACCACACGAUGGCCCAGAUGCUUGCGGUGGUCGUCAACGAACAGCAAAACGAUUGGGACAUACAUCUCCCGCACGUUGAGUUUGCCUACAACAAUUCCGUGAACCAGUCUACUGGAUUAGCGCCAAACGAGAUCCACAUCGGACGCAUCCCGCGACUCCCGCUUUCGGUCUUCGAUCGUCCCACGGUAGGUGGUCAUCAAAGCUUGGCCCGCGAUCAACUCGAGUAUUGCAACCUGGCUGUCGAUCGCCAGCGCCGGGCCUACGAACUUGUCCGUGAGUACAACGCGCUGAAGAUUUCGCGAGUCGAACGCCGAAAUUCAUCCCUGCUGGACGCCAUUCACAAGCUCCCUCAGUUUACCGUUGGCGGGUGGGCUUGGGUGUACAACACGGCUGCUACGAUUCGACAGGGUGGGCAGAAGGACACGGAACAACAGGUGCUCAAGGCCAAGCUCGCACUUUCCUGGACGGGGCCCUACAAAGUUCUUGCGGUGGGUCCCACCUCUGCCGACGCCACUCCGGACGGCCGCCCGUUGGCGCGUAAACUCCUCUACCUGGACCUGCCUUCCGAUCUUUCCGGCCCGGCAGCUCGUUGUCGCGGGUCUGUCCUUCGUUGCAAGUCCUGUCGCAAUCCGUACGAGACGGACGACUUGCCGUAA